UCAAAUCGUUUACAGUGUGUACAGAAAAAAAAUGUUUCAACGUAAAUUAUUCUUGUUGGCCAUAUUUUCAUAUAUGGCUAUUGGACAAUGUGCAUUUAAAAAUAAUUCACUUGACUGUCAUAGAAAUAUCCUGACCGAAAUGGAUAAACAUUUACGUUCAAUGGAAUUGGUACAUGGUGAUCAACAAUUUCCAGAAUCAUUGGAAGAAUUGAAAGCACAUUGUGGACGAAACAAAAAAGUAAUUGAUUUGAUGUCCAAAAUGGCUGAUAAAUGUAUGACCGGUUUCACUAAGAACAUAAUGCAAGUAACCAUUUAUUCGCUUCGACGGUCAAGAAAAUCGAUUUGUAAAAAUAAACCAAAUAAAGAAAUGCUUGCAUUGAUAAAUGCUGGAAAAUGUGUAAACGGUGGCCGUAAACGAUUCAGUAAAUGUGUGAAACAUGCACAGAUUCAUAUUGAAACAGUAAAAGAUAUGCCGACUAAAAAACGAAUUCCAUUGAUUUGUUGUGAAAUUGUACGAGCUAAAAGCUGUAUGUUAGAUAAAGCUAAAGAUGUAAAUGAAUGUUCGGAACAAAAUGUUGAAACAUUACAACGUCGAUUUACACACAUCAGUGCAAAUUCUAUGAAUAUGGCAUGCGGUGAUUAUACUGAAGAUAGUAAUCGAUGUGAUACGGUUAAACCACCAGAAGGUUUGGAUUAUAAUAGACCACCAAAAUCAUUCAUGACAACGGCAUUAGAAUUGAUCAAUUUAUUUGAGAAUGAUCCAGAAUUACAAGUUUGAUUCUUAACAUCAUCAUCAUCAUCAUCAUCACGAAUUAACAUUAUUUUCAUCAUAUGGUUUGGGAUCUCAUUGGUCGAUGGCUUUUAUAAUGAAUUCAAAUUCAAAUUGAAUCCAAUGCAUAUUUAUACUAAGAAUGAUGAAAGCGGAUUCUAAUUGAAUGCCAAUGACCAAAAUUACCUGCAUAUUAUCAUUAUAUUUUUAUUUCUAUUAUUAUUUUUAUGGCGACAUGGGAUAAUAUACUUACAUUAUUUAAUAAUUUAAUAAUAAUAAAUAA